CGCCACGCUGGCUCCCGCUUCGAUGCGUCCGCAUUGUCCGUAAUGGUUUGCAGAAUGAGGCGGCUCCAGAUCCGCUCCGGGAGGACGAGGAGACGCCCCGCCUCGGAUCAGAGGAAAAUAAUAUGCGGAGACAUCAAAGCCCUGACCGCUCGAGCUGAGGCCACCGCCAUCGAUGGCCCUGAGGCGCCCCAUUAUGGAUGCGUGGUCACUUCACCAGUCUCCCGAAGAAUCCGCUAUUGGUUUGGAACUGAGCCACCCAGAGGAGACACUUUGACACCUCAUGUAAUGGUGGAGGAUUGGGACAUCAACGAGGUUGUCCUUCAACAUCGACGGCCCCUGCCUGUUGGCCGUUUCGGACCCGCUUCCAGAUCCCUUGAGACCCCAUACCUUGACUAUCCCCUCUGCAAAUCUGACUUAACGUGGAAAACCUAUGGACCCUCUUGGAAAACCUGCGUUCAUCACAACCCAGAGAUUGUGACUCCCCAUGGCAUACCUGAUACUUAUAUAAUUGACUGGUCAAAAGACGGGGAUCUCCCUUUGCGCCGCUCCCCCCCGCUUUCAGAAUAUGGGCCAUACGACCACAAUAAUUCUGCUCCCGGGGGACUGCUAUCACUGGGGAGGAUGAGACACCGGACUUAUGAAAAAUUGUUGCGGCCAUGA